AUGGUGGCUAUUAAGCUUAAUGGUGGAUUAGCUUUUGGAAUCACUGGUACUAGAAGUGAAAGAAGAGCCAAUCACAAAGCCUCAGGAGUUAGAAUUCCUGGAAUUCCUUUUUAUCAAUUUGUUGGUGUGAGUCAGAGGAAACGGCAUAGACUCAUCAAUGUAGUAAAAAAUUGUGCAUUUGUGAGUGAUCAAAGUGCCUUGGAUUUUGAGGUUGGGACAUCUGGUGGAGAGGAAACGUUCUCUGCAACUCAAGAAUUGCUAAUCAAUGGUUCACAGAACGAAUUAAAUGCCUUGACGGGAGUAUCUUCUGAAUCAGAGCAAUCACCGAGUGUCGAAACUGAACUGAUCAUGCUAUCAAUACCUGCUAUUGCUGGACAAGCGAUUGAGCCAUUGGCACAACUCAUGGAAACGGCUUACAUUGGAAGGCUAGGGGCACUGAGUUUGGCAUCUGCUGGGAUAUCUAUAUCAAUCUUCAACAUUAUAUCAAAGGUAUUCAAUAUUCCACUGCUCAGUGUGGCUACUUCAUUUGUUGCUGAAGAUAUUUCUAGGCAUGGAAAGGAGGAUUCUCUAUCAGAUGAAAGAAUGAUGCUUCCUUCAGUCUCCUCUGCUCUGGUAUUAUCGCUUGGAAUUGGCUUGUUUGAGGCAGCAGCUAUGUUCUUCGGGUCAGGAGUCUUUCUCAGCAUGAUGGGUAUAUCGACGGCUUCUCCCAUGCGAAUUCCAGCAGAGCAAUUUCUUAAACUUAGAGCACUUGGAGCACCAGCAGUAGUUCUUUAUCUAGCUAUACAAGGAAUUUUCCGUGGUUUCAAGGACACAAAGACCCCAGUUAUAUGUUUAGGCAAGGUUUUUUCUUUUUUAUUUAAUUUUCUAGAACUCUUUCGUAAUAUGAACUUUCCACUUCAUGUUGACUGA